AUGGCCUCCAGUAAGACUACAUUACAAAAAAUGAGAAAGAAACAGAAUGAAAAGAGUGAAAAAGUAGAAGAGGCAGAGCCUGGAAAGUUUGUGACGGAAAAAGUACUGGACCAAUGUGUAGCGAAUGAGAAGGUGGAGUCUUUCCUGAAGUGGAAGGGAUUUCUAGAUGCUGACAGUACUUGGGAAACUGAAGAAAAUUUAGAUUUUCCAGAGUUAAUUGCAGCAUUUUUUAAUUCUCAAAAAGCUUGUAAAGAAAAAGAUGGUACAAAAAGAAAAUCUUUACCUGACGGUGAAUGUGAUCAUAGCAAAUCAAAGAAGGAAAGAGAUGCUGCUGAUAACAGGAAGCUUUGCCAGAGGUCUUGAUGUGAAUGAGUAAUCAGUGCCACAGACAGCGGUGGAGAAUUCAUGGUUCUCGUGAAAUGGAAAGAUUCAAAUGAGGCAGGCUUGGUGUUGGCAAAAGAGGCAAAUAAAAAGUGCUCUCAAAUUGUAAUUGCUUUUUAUGAAGAGAGACUAACUUGGCAUUCUUGUCCAGAAGAUGAAGCUCAGUAA